UCCGUGCAGUUGCAUGCAACCCUGUUCUCUCUGAUUAGAAGAAAUUGAACCAACCGUGCGGCAUAUUUUGCAAUCAGAUUUUUUCUAUUAAUUUGUGUGUGUUUCUCGCGUUUAUUGUUCGAUUGCAUUUAAUAAGAAUUGAGUUACAAUGGCACAGAGUAAACUGAAUGAUUUGGCUGGAAAGUUGGGCAAAGGUGGACCACCAGGAUUAACCACAGGUAUCAAACUAUUGGCUGCAGUUGGAGCUGCGGCUUAUGGCAUCAAUCAAUCUCUUUAUACAGUGGAUGGUGGUCAUCGUGCGAUCAUUUUCAACCGUCUUGGUGGCAUCCAAAAUGAAAUAUAUUCAGAAGGCUUACAUUUCCGCAUUCCCUGGUUCCAGUAUCCAAUCGUUUAUGACAUUCGUUCACGGCCCCGUAAAAUUUCAUCUCCUACCGGCUCAAAGGAUUUACAGAUGAUCAAUAUUUCGCUGCGUGUGCUCUCGCGUCCCGACUCCGUGCGUCUUCCAAUAUUGCAUCGUCAACUGGGUGUUGAUUAUGACGAAAAAGUUUUGCCAUCAAUUUGCAAUGAAGUGUUAAAAAGUGUAGUAGCCAAAUUCAAUGCAUCUCAAUUGAUCACACAACGUCAGCAGGUUUCAUUGCUCAUACGCAGAGAAUUGGUUGAACGCGCACGUGACUUCAACAUUAUUCUGGAUGAUGUUUCCCUCACUGAAUUGAGUUUCGGAAAGGAAUAUACCGCCGCUGUUGAAGCCAAACAGGUGGCGCAACAAGAAGCACAGCGUGCAGUGUUCUUCGUCGAGCGUGCCAAGCAAGAGAAACAGCAAAAGAUUGUACAAGCUGAGGGUGAGGCUGAAGCAGCUAAAAUGUUGGGUCUUGCUGUGAAACAGAAUCCCGCCUACUUGAAAUUGCGUAAAAUACGUGCCGCUCAAAGCAUAGCAAGAACUAUUGCUAAUUCACAAAACCGGGUCUACCUCUCAGCCGACAGUUUGAUGUUGAACAUUCAAGAUUCUGGCUUCGAUGAUAUGACUGAGAAAGUUUACAAAAUCGAAUCGGGCUGGUUUGAUGGCGGCAGUAAGCAAAAGAGAACUGAUAAAUCUGCUGCAACUGUUGGCGCCGUUGCGCAGCGUACGGCAGAUCGCUUGCUUUAGAGCGGGCGUGGAGAAGACGCAAUUGAACUACGAGUACCUAUAAUAUAAAACAUAAAAACAAGCAUUUGUGGAAUUGUUGGAAAAAUGUUUUUUUUUUUUAAUUUUUUUUUUUCGAAUUUUUUGCUAUUAAUGAAUAUUUUAACUUCGUUAAUAAUCAAUGGAGAUUUUAAAUAUCGCUUAAAAUUUGAUUGUGCCUUGGCUUGUGAAACAUGAAUAAUUAUUAUUUUUAAAUAAAACUGACGCGCAGCGUAAAAAACACGCUUUAAGGUCA